UACUCCGCUCUCCUGCCUGCUGCCUGCCGUCUUCUCACCAUAAUCUCAUCCCGUUUCGUCGCAGCAACAGCGUUCGUCCAGGAACUUUGGAGGAGAGAAGUUGCUGCUGGCUGGCCAAAAAAUCUCCCCAGAAACUUAAAUUCAAUUUUCAUCACCCGUAGUUACACUAGUAAAACAGGAUUUUAAUUGAGAACACGGAUUUGAAGAGGAAAGGGAUAUGGCGCCGGCGAAAGGGAGCAAGCCGGAAGUCAACCCAUGGAGCUGGGCAUCGUCAGUUGAACCAGAAAAUAUAGGAUUGGAACAGUUGAGGAAAGCUUAUAGAGUGGUGGAUUAUAAACCGUGCGAAGAUCCGAGACGAAACUGUAGACGAAAUCCAUUUUGCUACUGGGGACUGGGAGAAAAAAAAUGGGGACACAACUCUGACGAGGGAUCUGAAGAUGAUGAUAAUGGAUUUCGUGAAGAAGGUGAAUUUGCUGGUCUACAGAACUUGGGAGCCACGUGCUAUGUCAACUCCCUUCUUCAGCUUUGGUUUCACAAUCCUAUUUUAAGACCUGCCAUUUUGAGGUGGCGACCUAUUACUCCAGUCGUUGAGUCUUAUCAACCGAGCGGUCCUAUUGCACAGUUGCAGGCAAUGUUUGCACGAUUGAAAAUGUCGAAACGGAGUAAAAUUGACCCAACAGAGUUUGUCAAGUCACUGCAGCUAGACACUACGGAGCAACAAGAUGCUCAAGAAUUUUCUAAACUAUUUAUGGAGGUUAUACUAAAAAAUCUGACUGCAGCAGAGUAUGUAGAUCCUGCUAUCCGCGAUGCAGUUGCCAGUACUUUCCGAGGGGAACUUCAGAAUGAAACCGAAUGCACUGGUUGCAAAAAUAAAACUCGAAGACAAGAGUCAUUCAACGAAUUGGAGCUUGGAGUUCGGAAGGAUUUGAACGAAUCCUUGGAUGACCUACUAAAAGAAGAAAUCUUGACCCUUUCAGAACAGUAUUUCUGUUCCGUGUGUGAUAGUAAAAAUGAUGCCAUACGUCGAACAAAACUACUCAAACUACCACCAGUCUUAAAUUUGCAACUGAUGAGAUUUGUGUUUGAUAGGGAAACUUUGAGGAAGAAAAAGGUCACAACAUCUAUUCAGUUUCCUGAGGUUUUGGACAUGACAUCAAGGGUGACCGAAGAAGAAAGUUCCGAGAAUAAAAUAGAUACAUUAACUUAUCAUUUAAGUGCUGUCUUAAUUCACAAUGGACCUAGUACUUCGUCAGGACACUAUAUUGCCCAAAUUAAGGAUCUAAGAACGGGAGCUUGGCUGAAGUUUAAUGAUGAAAAUGUGGACCCUCUUGGGAGAGGAAAAAGUCAGAAACUAAUUUUAAAAGAAGAUGAAGGGAGUGGUUCUGAUAGCGACAAAGGAAAACACAAAAAAAUCAAGACAACCGGUGUUCAUAACUCUCAAGGAGCGUACAUGUUGGUAUAUACACUCAACAAAUAUAUCAAACAACCUGAACCUGAUCCAGAGCCAUGGUCAUACCUGGACCAACUGAUAAAGUUUGAAGAUGAGGCUUACCAGGAAGAGGUUAAGAAAUCUAAAACUGAAAAGGAGUACGACAAUAAUCUCAAGGAGCAACGGAAACGUGAGAUCAGUGAACUGUAUCCGUCCCUUCAACAGCGACCUAACAAGACUGAAAAAACACCAGAAGGCGAUGGCGAUGUUGACGGUGAUGAUGAUCAACCUCCAAAGAAAAAAACUGCGCGAUUAGAAAUUAACGGAGUGUCAAAGCCUGUCGAGUCAAAACAAGCAAGAAAACAAAAUGGAUCUUACUCAUCAACCAAGAAAACUUCAAAGGACUCCAAUCCCAGUAACGGAGGGGUCGGCAACUCGAAGUCUCUAAAUGUUUCAAAUAACGAUGAUAGUGCUGAUCAUCAUAGCUCAUCUAAUAAGGUCUUUUUUGACCGUUUUGGCAAUACAUGGGAGAGCAUACUAGAAAACAUGAAUUUUAUUUCUUCGGAGUGGCUCCAACAAUGGUUAGAUCCUGUCAAUCCACCGCCACCAAUGGAAAACAAAACGUUAUGCUGUGAGCACGGAAAGCUAGCUCCACCAUCUCCGAACGUGACAGUUUGCCCAUAUAAAGUUAUUCCUGAAAGCUUCGCGAAUGAAUUGUACUUGAAUUAUAGCGUUGACGGUCCAAGAUUUAAAGGAGCGGAAGCUUUUUGUGAUAUUUGUGUCAAGUCCGAAUGUCUUCGACUAAGAAAAUUGCAAGAACUGGAAAAUGACUACAAGUUGUUUUUAGAGUCAAACAAGAAGUUUGAUGGGAUUCAGCAGUCUAAAGAGAAAUCUGAGAGUUUCAUGUGGCUCAGCAAAGAAGCUCUACGGAAUUGGAAGCGAACAGCUAAAUCCAAUAUUGAAAAUGAAUUCAAAACUAGUGAAGAACUUGUGGAUUGCGAUGCGGAAACCGAAGAAGAGUCUGAUGGCGUUUCAUUGAUGAAAGUUAAUACUGAACUCGUUUGCCCCCAUGCUAACUUGACCCCAAACGAGACUAUCCGGAAAAGUAUUCCCGAAGUAUCUUGGCAUAUCAUUAAGAAAUAUUUUCCUGAUGCCAUUCCUCUUGCAGCUGGUGAAAAGGAGGACUGUGAGGAAUGUUUGAAUGUCAAAAGGGGUGAUACUGAAAUUAAAAGUAUGAAUAAAGAACUGGCACAGAAGCAGAAAUCGAAAUUGCUGGAUCUCUACCUUAAUCGAGGUAGACCGAGUAUAGAACUUGGGUCUGUAUUUUUAGUUAGUCAACAGUUUAUCACUCGUUGGAAAAAGUUCAUUCGGGACCCAAUAAAAUAUGACCCUGUGGAGAAUAUCAACAACCAAACAUUGCUGUGCUCCCACAAUAAGUUCAUGUAUCCACUACAUAAUUUUCUCCCGGAAGUUGUGCUAGAAGAGAAACCAGAAGAAACUUUAUUGUGCCUUGUUUACCCUACCGAGUGGAACACAAUGUUGGGUUUAUUUUCAGUGGAUACAACAAUUAAAGCUGAAAUAUUUGACCAAGAAAAUAUACAAUAUGAUCCAGAAAUAUGUAAUGCCUGUGCUACGGACUGGUGGGUUGGGGUCCAUCGGCAAAAGUUUAAUUACACUAAUCAACUAAUCCAUAUUGUGCGUCGUGAUAAAGACAAAUUGGAAGAGCCACAAACUGAUUGCGAUGAUCUGUUUAUUCCUGUCAGUAGUUCUACCUCUACCAAACGUGCUAGAACAACACGUGAUCCGAUGGGUUGGACAACUCCAAUUUGGCGUGCUAGUAAUACUACUUCGAUCAACUCGAAAGAACCGACUACUGCAAAUUCCAGCAAUCAUGGUGUCAGAAGAAGUGCUCGUAAACGAGGCGAGAAGUCUUAUAAAGUGUCAUCUACAACUACCCUUAAGGAAUUAAAAGUGAUGAUUAUCAAAGACUUUUGCGCAUUUCCAAGCGAUCAGCAUCUAUUUUACGAGGGUCAACCAAUUGGAGAUGAUAUGAUAUCCUCGACCUUAGGAGAAUUACAGAUCACUGCGGAUUCUACACUAUAUUUAGAGGUCGACACCGCGUCCAAGCAUCAAGAGGACGACCCAGUUUCUCCAUCAGUUGAGACCGGAUUCAGGGGAACGCUCUUGAUGGGAGGCACGUCUGCGUCUAGUCCAGAUCCGGUGGUUGACGACGACUUGAAGUCCAGCUAAAAAUAUCAAUCACUGCAGGGGAUAUCUUAGAUUGCGGUUGGUGAUGAUUUUUGUGUCUUCUGGAAUUGUGAUAUGAGGAAUAUUUACGUACAACAACUAUCUUUAGUCGUUUUUUAUUUAUUUAUUUUCUAACCUACAAAUUUUCCACGUGCAAUUAGGAUGUAACUCUCACCUGCGACCAGAAGGGGUAAUAGAAGUUAUGCAGGCGUUGGAGUUAUAUUUCGUUAAUACAGAAUGUAGCCAUUUGGGAAAUUUUCGUAACAUAUUUUUACAAAGCGGGUUGCCGCUGACCAAGAAAAUUGAUCAUCACAAAACUGUUUAAUUUAUAAUUUAUUGAAUGUGAGAGUGAGUAUUUAGUUAGUAUUUUAUAAUAGCUGGACUGUAGUAAUUAUUGAAUACAUGCAUCGUUCCUUUAUGUUCCUUAUAUUCAAGAUGCACGUAUGCAUGAGCGUCCGAUGUGAGCAUAUCCACUGUACUUUUAGUAAUAAUAAUAAUCAAUUAAGCUGAUGUGCUUUAGUUUUGUACAAGUAAGUGAAAAUGAAAUUCUUGAACGUAUGUCUGGAGUGAUUUUUGUUUUAAGACGGAAGAAAAUCAGCAAAAUAAAAUAAAAUAAAUGUAAUUCUUGUAAGAUAUG